AUGGCUACUACUCUCGACCAGAAAGUCAAGAUCGAAUUCGUGGAGGAUGUGGAGCCGCAGACUGUCAAGACUGGCGAGCUCCUCGUCGAUGCGGCUGGGGAGAUUCAGCGGUUGCCCGUUCCUAGUGCCGAUCCCAAUGAUCCUCUCAAUUUCACCGUGUGGGAGAAGACUGGUGUGAUUUUCAGCUGCUGCUGGUUCUCUAUCAUGUCUCUCUCCAUCGUUGGAGGUCUGGGAUCCAUUUUGAGCAUCUUCUUUGGUCUGUAUAUGCCUCAGGGUUACAGCUCGACGCAAGUUGUUUGGCUGGGAACGUUCCCCUCGUUAUUUGUUGGUGUUGGAAACUAUCUUAUUCUUCCCUUGGGCUUGGUGUACGGUCGUCGACCUACUGCCAUUGGAUCAAUCAUGGUUCUUUUUGUUGCGACUAUUGGAUGUGCUGUGUCACAGACAUUUGAGCAACAUCUUGGUCUGCGAUGCCUCCAAGGUUUGGCAACGGGUGCUACCGAGUCGCUUCUUCCUUUGAUGCUUUCCGAAGUGACCUUUGUCCACCAGCGUGGUCUUGUGUUUGGUGUCUACUGGGCAACUCAGAAUGUGGUCACCAGUUGCCUGAACAUUGCGUCUUCCUACGAAGCCGCAGCUCUGGGCUGGCGCUGGUUCUACUGGGUCUAUGUUAUCGCCGUUGGUGUCGGGCUUAUCAUUGUGAUCUUCAGCGGUUUCGAGACUCGCUACGAGCGUCGCGCCCAGCUCGUCAACGGGCGAGUUGUUGUCACCGACCAGUUUGGUGUUACCCAAAUCCUGGAAGGUCAGCAGGCUCAGGAGUAUAUGCUCGCGCUGGAGGCCGAGGAGCAGGAAAUUCCCGACGAGGCACGGCCCAAGAAGUCAUACAAGGAGAUGCUUGCCCCGUGGACGAAGCAAUCGAAGCGUCCAGUGAAGACCAUCCUGAUGGCCUGGUUCCACAUGUUCGAAGCCUUCAGCUCCCCCGGAAUUCUGUACUCGACCUUGUUGUCCGCUGUGGUUCUGGGUUGCACUGUCGGCAUGUCCUUGACUUAUGACACCGUGCUGCAGGAGAACUAUGGCUGGGCUGCCAAGAAUGUUGGCUUGAUCAACUUGGGAGGUGUGUUCGGUGGCUUCGGAGGCAUGCUCUACGCUGGUGUGUUUGGCGAUUGGUUCAUUCUGCGCCUGGCCAAGCGCGCUGGUGGUGUCCACACACCCGAGCAUCGCUUGAUUCUCCUGGUCUUCCCUGGCAUUCUGACGGUUGCUUCGCUUCUUCUGUACGGUUUCACCGCUAAUGGCAAUGCCACCUGGGGUGGCCCGUACAUGGGAUGGACUGUCUUGCAGGUGGCAUUCGUCUCGGUGCUUAUUCUGUCAACUUCUUUCGCUGCCGAGGCGUGGGAGAAGAAUCCCGGCCCUGCCCUCGUGGCAGUUGUCGGUACAAAGAACAUCAUCGCGUUCGGUAUCAGUUAUGGCUUGAGCCCAAUGGUUGCCAGAUACAGCUACCCUGUCGCUAUGGGAAUUCUGACUGCCGUUGCUGGAGGAGUCUUCCUCUUGGGUAUCCCUGUCUAUUUUUUCAAUCCUGCGUGGCGCCGCUACAUGCAACGCCAGGAGGCCAAGAACUAA